UUACCUAUAUAAGGACGAGAAAGAUGGAGAAUGAGGCUUCUUCUUACAACCUCACCACUGCUCUGGGAAACUACGCUGGUUGGAACACUAACUACGCGGACGCCUGCUGCCUUUCGUUUUUGGACCAGCUGGAACUUUCGCUAACUUGGAUUACCCGCUGGGACGAACAUUUGCUUGUUUGGGAACACUCAUUCAACAUUGAUCAAGAUGUCUGCCAGAGGGGGGAAAAAGAAGGCCACCAAGCUGUCUCGUUCAACCCGUGCAGGGGUCAUCUUCCCUGUUGGCCGAAUGAUGAGGUACCUGCGCACUGGCACACAUAAAUAUCGCAUUGGCAUGGGGGCACCUGUCUACAUGGCAGCAGUCAUCGAGUACUUGGCAGCUGAGAUUCUGGAGUUAGCCGGAAAUGCUGCACGAGACAACAAGAAAGGCAGAAUAACUCCAAGACAUAUUAAGUUGGCUGUGGCCAACGAUGAGGAGCUUAACCAGCUUCUUCGGGGUGUGACCAUAUCAAAUGGAGGAGUGCUGCCUCGCAUUCACCCAGAACUUCUUUCCAAGAAGAGAGGAAGCAGAGUCAAAGUGGACAGCCAAACAUCUGUCCCCGAGAAGCAGGAAUUACGCUCCAAAAACACCAAACCCGUCAAACCCUUGAAAAAGGUUAAGGGCAAACGAGGCCGAAAGUCAAAGAACAUAGACAAUGACAAAGAAUCUGUACCAAACUCCACAGUGGAAGAUGGUCCAGGAGAUGGAUUUACCAUCCUCUCAGCCAAGAGCCUGUUCCUGGGUCAAAAGCUUUCUCUUACAGUGACAGAAAUCAACAAAAUUGGAAUGAUGAAGGUUGAUGCUAUAAUUAACCCAGCAAAUGCAGAGAUGGACCUCAAAGAUGGUAUAGGCAACGCUUUGGAAAAAGCAGGAGGCCAAGAAUUCCUGCAAGACGUGAAGGAGCUACGGAAAGCACACGGACCAUUGGAGGUGGCAUCUGUGGCUGUGAGCCAGGCCAGUGGAAUGACGGCCCGCAUCAUCAUUCACUGCAAUUUUCCUCAGUGGGGAUCAGAGAAGUGUGAGGAACACCUAGAAAAGACCGUGGAAAAUUGCCUCUCAGCUGCAGAGGAGAAGAAGGUCAAGUCUUUGGCUUUCCCCUCACUCCCUGGUGGACGGAAUGGAUUCCCAAAGCCAACAGCUGCCCAGCUCAUCCUCAAGGCCAUCUCCAACCAUUUUGUGUCAUCCACCAACUCCUCCCUGAAAACCAUAUACUUUGUUGUGUUUGACAGUGAGAGCAUUGGAAUCUACCUUCAAGAAAUGGCAAAGUUGGACUCAAAGUGAGGAUUUUUCUUGGUCGGUAUUGACGAUAGUGUCAAUAGCUGACAACUACAGUGGCCCAGAAGUGCAAAACAACAAUAAAUUAUGAAACACGUUUACAUUUCAGAAACCACAUUAACAAAAGCACUUACCUUUCAGAAAACAAAUGAACAAAAGCAGAAACACUUAAAAAAGAUGAAACACGCUGGAAGGCAACGUCCCAUUUGACAUGACAUUUAUGAAACCCACAUCAUUUCUUGAAAAGAUCAACAUGACUGGCUCCAGUAUCGCGAGAAGGGUAGAUAUGGAAAGGUAUGCAGAUGUAAUAAGAUGUCGAUCUCAAAUUUCCAUUCAUCCAUUUUCUGAGCCGCUUAUCCUCACAACGGUCGUGAGAGUGCUGGAGCGUAUCCCACCUGUCAUCGGGUAUGAGCCAGGGUACACCUUGAACUGGUUGCCAGCUAAUUGUAGGGCACAUGGAAACACACAACAAUUGCACUCACAAUCACACCUUGAGACAAUUUAGAGUUUCCAAUGAAUGCAUGUUGGUGGGAGGAAAGCGGAGGGCCGGCAAAAUCCCAUGCAGGCACGGGGAGAACAUCCAAACUCCACAAAGGCGCGGCCGGGAAUUGUGCCCCGGCCCUGAGAACUGUGAGGCCAAUGGUUUACAGCUGCCCUACCGUGCUGCCGUUGAUUCCAAAUAUAAUUUUGAAAAUAAAUAAAAAGUUUGUCAUUAAUUGGACACUCUAAAUUGCCCCGAGGUGUGAUUGUGAGUGCAGCUGUUUGUCUCCAUGUGCCCUGCGAUCGGCUGGCAACCAGUUUAGGGUGUAGCCUGCCUCCUGCCUGUUGACUGCUGGGAUUGGUUCUGGUACUCCCCGCAACCCAUGUGAGGAUAAGCAGCAAAGAAAAUGGAUGGAUAAAAAGUUCAUUAUGGUUGGAUUUAGGACAGGUGUUCAUGUUUAAAGCAGUUAAGGUUUAGUUAGGGUUGGGAUUAUAGUGGUUUAAGGCUGCCGGAGGCCGAGCACCAAUGCCCAACCUGACUGAACUAUGCAACAGUGUGUGUGUUUUGGCAACUAUUUUCAUGAGUGGGCAAUCAGUUAGGCACUGGUUUUGACAUGAUUACAAAUUCUAAUCACUGUUCCACAGGGUCUUUAGGUCCCAUUUUAGACUUAGUCAAAAUGCACAGAAGCUUUCCCCUACGGUGAAAAUAAAAUUUUCAGCCUGUGAGCCGUGCUGCUGCAUUGGUUCGGCUCAAACAAUAUAAAUUGUAUGUAAAGCAUCAAAUGGUAUCAGUCUUAAACUAAAUUCGCGUGUAUGUCAAUGACAAGCAUUGCUUGAGACCAGUAUGUCUGCAAAUACCACCAGCAUGCUCUCUCAACAGCCUCCCUCAACUCUUAAAUCUCUUUUUAUGGUUCAAGAGAUGUGAUCAAGUAAAAUACAUUGUGUAGACAGCAUCAAACACCAACAUUCGCUAUUUGGGCUACACAUCUCAUUAUAUCAGAAUCAGCUUUAUUGGCGAAGUAUGCAAGAACACAAGGAAUUUGUCUUGUUUUCUGGGUGGCGUACCCCUCCUCACAUGAUGCAGAAGCCAAUCAUGGUUAAGCGUGUGAAAGGAUGAGAGAUUUCCACCAACAUUCCCUUUCCUUUUCUAAAAAUAUUUUUGCUUCUGUGAAUCUAUUUUCUGAAAUGUAAGUGUUUCAGUGGUUAAUUUUUUUCCCCUAAAAUGUAACAGUUUGAGCUUUUCUGUUUUCUGAAAUGUGUUCCACAAUUUGUUGUAUUGUUUUGCACUUCCAGGCUAACUGUUAUAGAUUUAAGUGAAAUUAAGAGGAAAUGUGAAUUGAGUGGAACGCUGUUGUUUAUGUUGCUGUCCCUUAGAGAUUAGGUUAUUUAAGUCCUUUAAAUUUGCCCUUAUGUUUGCUGUGUCACAGAUGUUUUUACAUUCCAUGUACAAAUAGAAGUUAUUUCGUGGCUUCUGUAGUUUCCGAUACACUUGUUACCAAAAAAUAAAUAAAAAAAUAA